UAGGAAGUAUAUACAGUAUAGCAAAACCACAGUUUCUUUCAAGAGCUACCCGCUUUACUACAAAAUUAUUUCGUUCACACUUAUUGCUAUGGAACUUACAUAGGUUAAUCACUUGUUUAAUAUAUACAAGUUAAAAAUAUCAUUACACAAUGUCAUCUGCACAGGAAGAUAUUAACAUCACGUCAAAUGCUACAUCAAAUGAUGACGAGCAUAUUUUACGUAAUGGAUAUGACAUACCGUUAUAUGGCGUCGACAAUGGAACUUUUUACUUCAUCCAUAUUCCCGCCAUCAUUUGUAUCUGUGCGAGUUUCACGUGUGCAUUGAUUGCUAUUAUUUUGUCUUUUAAACGAAAGAAGUACUACAUGUUCUAUAAAACAUGGGCGACGAGCGAACGAUUUAUCGUUUACCUGGCAAUUUGUGACGGGCUUUUUAACGUGUCACAUUUCACAGACCACAUGCAUAUAGUGAUAGUCCGUGACCACGUGUACCCGAAGGAACUUUGUGAAUACUAUGGCUUCAAUUUAGCAGUUUUCGUAACGUCACAAAACCUAAUGGUGAACAUUGUCGCAAUAAAUGCAUUUAUUUUGAUGUACUUUCAUAGGCAUUUGAAUUUUGGGAAACGUGACUGGAAACUCCUUUUAUGGACGUUUGGUGCCCCGUUUCUUGGCGCGACUAUCGCUGGAGCCAUGGGUCAGCUCGGAACUAAUGGAUCAUUUUGUUAUUUUGACGGCGUAAAAGGGAAGAUCGCGAACAUCUUUUUUACGACAAUUCCACUUCUACUGAUUGUGAUAAUCAACACAAUUCUUUACAUCUUGACAUGGAAACGUAUUCGUGAUGAAGCAGAUAAAUUUGAAAAGUCCGUGCAUCACAUGCCAGCAUCAAUGAGAGCCUCGCAUCGUGCAGCACGAGCUAUGUCGCUAUUCGUGGCCGCGUUCUUUAUACAAUGGUGGGCCAUGGCGUUGUACGGCGUUUGGGGAUUGGUUGAUGAAAAUAUCCCGCAACCAAUCUUUCACUUCGUUACAACCUUUUCAAACAUAGGCGGAUGUCUCAACCUUGGCGUUUACGUGCUCAUGCACCGCCAGAGACUCAGCAAAGAAACCAUUUCUACAGAGAAAAACACGAUUGAAAGUGACGGACAUAGGCUCCAUCAUACGAUGUCAAAAUCUGCGGAUCAUUCUUCACGUGACGUUUCUGUAACGCUAAAUGAUGACAUGAACAAUGAUCGUGCAGAUAUAACGGCGAGCCUAUAGAGACGUCACUAAAAUAAAUACAACCUGUUAUUUUCAAAAAGACAACAAAUACGUGGCAUUUGAAGUUGAAAAUUAUUAUACAUGUAUCAUAUAAUUUUUCUUUCAGCUGACAAUAUCAAUAAAUCAGGUGACCAAUGACAGUCCAGACGGGCAGACAGCAAUCAGGACAUGCGUUGCAUAUACAUGAGAUCAGCAUUAUCUAUUGUCUUUGAUAACAAAACUGGAUACAUGUAUAAAUAAGAUUGCUGACUAGAAAGAUUUUAAUUGUGAAAUCGGUUAUGUAAAUUGUAAAUGUGUUUAAAUUGUAAUUUUCUUAACAAAGUGAUGAGACACGACAUGAAGUCGUUAAAUCAAAUGAAAUGUAUCAGUCAAAAAGUGCGUUUUUUUUCUCCUUAAUUUGUCAUGCUGAAAACGAUCGCAUAGUUUUGUGUUUUAUUCAUUUUAUGAAAUGUAAGCUAUAUCGCUUUAAAGCAUAAAUAAGAAUGUACGUUUUAUCACGGAACGAACACUGAUAUAAUUAUUUCCUGUUUGUAUAACUAACUGUAUGUAACAUUUUGAAACUUUAUGUCCUCUUUCUUCUCAAUAUUUCUGCCUAGAACAAUAAGAAAUGAGUACAACUAGAUGUAGUUGACCGGACAUCAAAUGAAUACAACAUGAGUGUUGAUAUAGGGCAUCAAAUGUAUACAAUAUAAUUAUACAGGAUCUAAUUAAUUGGGCAGCAAAUGAAUAUAACAUAAUUGUGCAGGACGUAGUUGAUAAGGGGCGUCAAAUGAAUGUAACAUUAUUGUACAGAAUCAAAUUCACCAAUCAUCAAAUGAAUAAAACAUGAGUGUACAGGAUGAAGUUGAUAUAAAGUAUCAAAUCAAUGUUAUUUAAUCAUUGCUAUAGAAUAGUAAUGUACAGGUUAUUCAACAUUAAACGGUACAAUACGGUGAUAUAUUUGGCCGAGAACACUGCUGGGACAAAGCCGACAUACGAUGAAAAUUUACUGGGAGAAAAUUAAUUAUUUCAAUUUUUGAAGCGUGUUGAAUUGAAUUGUGGGAUUGAACUCAAAUGGAGACCACUGGUCACACUUAGUAGAUCAUGCAAGUAUAUGAGCCGCGUCACGACAAAACCAACAUAGUGCGUUUGCGACCAGCAUGGAUCCAGACAAGCCUGCGCAUCCGCGCAGUCUGAUCAGGACCCAUGCUGUUUGCUAUCAGUUUCUCUACUUAUUAUAGAGUUUGUAAGCGGACAGCAUGGAUCUUGAUCAGACUGCGCACAUGCGCAGGCUGGUCUGGAUCCACGUUGGUCGCAAAUCAAUUAUGUUGGUUUUGUCGUGACGCGGCUCAUAUUAUUUCUAUUUCUGGAUAAUUUCCUUACAUUCCAAAACAUUAAAUAAAGGAACAUCGUUUUAUAUUAACAAGUACUUUUCUAGAAGAUAUGUCAGUAAAACAAAAUACAUGUAACUGGAAAAUAUAAAGAGACUGGUUUUCUUGAAACACUUGAUUCAAUAGAGAGAGGGUUAACUAGAAAUGUACAUGUUUAAGAUGAAUGCGGUAAGCCCCGUUACUUCUCCUCUCUUUUCGGUUUCUUAAAUGUGAAUGUUCACUUUGUAUUAACAUCCUUACAAUUCUGUUAACAAUACAGUAAAAUGUAAUUGUUUUUUAAAUUUUGACGUAUGAUUCUUAAAUAAUUCACUGAAACUAUU